AGAGAUAAUUCUCAGUCGGUCGCGUUAUUUCCUCACUUAUUACUCACUCUCCGUUUCUACCCGAGUAAUCAAGCCAUCGCUUGUCAUAGAGAUUCAAUAGACUAAAACAAGUCCUACGAGUCCCAGAUUUUCCAGAUGUUCGAAAUGUGGCGCCGCAUGCGCAGAAAGCGCAGAGUUGAUAAACGGAAUAAACAACUGACCAUGUUGUUGAAUAAAAUGGAUUUUUCCGUAUUGAGGCAGAAAUUUCGGGGGUGCAUUUUGGGUGCAUUGUCAGGGGAUUGUCUUGGGAGUGCCUAUGAGGGCGAUCCUCCCAUGACACCUGGAAAUUCAGUUAUCCUUCAAAAAAGGCUCGAUACACUAGAGGGAACUGAUCUUAAAGCACCUGUGAUCAACUUAACGGACGACUCCGCAAUGACGAGAAACCUAGCUCAAUCGCUGAUUGAGAAAGGUGACUUGGAUUUGCUAGAUUUGGCCAAGAAGUUCGUCAAAAGUUUCUAUCAAGAGCCCAAUCGUGGGUACGGAGCUGGGGUCAUAGUCGUAUUCGAGAAACUUAGAGGAAAUAAAUUCACCGAUUUGGUUGGACCGGCCAAGGAGCAAUUCAAUGGACAAGGCUCUUUGGGUAAUGGGGCUGCAAUGAGAAUAUCCCCAGUCUCAUUAUUCUGUUACAAUGAUUACGAGCGUCUGGUGGAUAUGGCAAAAAGACAAGCCAUGCUGACUCAUACACACAGAGAGGGAGUCAAUGGUGCUAUUUUGCAAGCAAUAACGAUAGGAAAAACAAUUUGCCUAGAUCCAACUCAAGAGUUGGAUUCUAAAAAAUUUAUCGAUGACUUAAUUGAGGAUAUGAAUGAAAUCGAACAGGAAGAUGAAGAGUUUUUACAACUAACUGACGCACAAAUCAAGCCAUUCAAAGCAAAACUCACGCUCAUGAGGAAGAUGAUCAAGAAGUCCUUGAAUAAUCCUAACAAACUCGAUGUCGUUGAGGUAAUUAUGAAUUUGGGGAAUUCACUGAGGGCUGUGCACUCAGUCCCUGCAGCAAUUUUCUGUUUUCUCCUCGCUCAGAAUCCAAUCCCAGGGAUUAAUACUGAUAAUCCAUUCAGGAGAACUAUUCAAUAUGCAAUGACUCUCGGUGGUGACACUGACACGAUCGCCAGUAUGGCUGGAGCUAUAGCAGGCGCCUAUUACGGAGAUCAAAGCAUUAAUCCAAAUAUGUUAAAACACUGCGAAUGCUCAGAAGAGUUUGCAAAAUUUGGCGACGAAUUGUUCGAUACUGUACAUAAAGAACAAUGAAAAAAUAUCUUUAUUUACGUAC